ACACAGAAGAUACCAUUUGUGUGGGGUACGGGUGUCGCUGCAGCGCAUGCGUCACUGAAACGGAAGCAGCGCUAGCCGUCUGACUGUCCGAGAGGCACUGAAUGAAAACGCACUGAUUUUUACUCGAAAAUGAAUAAAUUUCUACCUAAUUUGUUUCUGCUAGCGCUGCUAGUUUUCCCAGCGACUGUGCUUCUUAAGGGACCGCUGGUACAAGCUCAAGACUUGACUGAGGAUGAGGAGGCUGACGCCGUGGAUGAAGAUGUGGUGGACGAUGUGACUGCUGAAGAUGAGGACAAUGAGGCUGAGGUGGAGGAUGAUGAAAAUGUAGAGCUGACGGAGGAAAAAGAAGAGGAGGAAGAAGCUUUGGUUGGAGAGGUGAAGGCUUCUCCCAACGCUGACACCACCAUCCUCUUCGUCAAAGGAGAAGACUUCCCCGCCAACAACAUCGUCAAGUUCCUGCUGGGCUUCACCAACAAAGGUCCUGAGAACUUCGUGGUGGAUUCUCUGGACGCUUCCUUCCGUUACCCUCAGGAUUACCAGUUCUACAUCCAGAACUUCACGGCUCUGCAGCUCGGCAUCGUGGUUCCUCCUGGCAGACAGGCCACCUUCGAGUACUCCUUCAUCCCCGCCGAGCCCAUGGGAGGCCGUCCGUUUGGACUCGUCAUCAACCUCAACUACAAGGACAGCAGCGGAAACAUUUUCCAAGAUGCCGUGUUCAACCAGACUGUCACCAUCACUGAGAAGGAGGACGGGCUGGACGGAGAAACGAUUUUCAUGUACGUCUUCCUCUCCGGGCUGGGCCUGCUCGUCAUCGUGGGACUUCACCAGCUGCUGGAGUCCAGAAAGAGGAGGCGUCCGGCUCAGAAGGUGGAAACAGGAACCUCCAGCCACAACGACGUGGACAUGAGCUGGAUCCCUGCAGAAACCCUCAACCAGAUCAUGCAGAGCCGCAGAGACAAAGCGUCUCCCAGAAGAUCUCCUCGCAAAAGGAACCAGAAACGCUCGGCCGGCUCGGACGAAUGAGGGGCGCCUGACACGAGGAGUGGAACCCUCAACCGCCCCGAGAACUGAGCUCUGUCUGCUGAGAAACUCUGACCGGUGCCAAGCGCAGCGACGGCGGCUCUACCUGAAACUGCUGAACACAAGCGCAGCAGUAUUUGUUUCCUGACGCAUCACUCGAGUCCAUCAGCCUUUUAGGGACUUUUCUUUGUUUUCAGCCUGGAUGAAAGAACUGCUGAUGUCAUCAUUGUGCGACGGCUUUGAUUGUUUUGAUGUGGAGCUGAAACUGCCCACAAACUGCGGAUCAACACAAAACUCAAACGCUCUUUUCUACGAACAUUUUGAUGCCGAUUUUUCUGGAGUGCUUUAGCCCCGCCCCCACGUGCGACCGCAGUAACGCCAACACAUGCAGUUCUUUUUCAGGGUCUCCUUUUACUUUAUUGACCUCGUCUUUUCAUUGUUUUGUAACUGAAACUGAUUUAACUUUUGGAAAAAAAAAUCAGAAGAAAAUGUUCCUGAUCUGAGCUGAUAGGACGCUUCUGUUGUAUUAAAGUUUGGUUCUGACCCGCCGGGUUUCUUCUGUUCUCUGGUGUGAUGCUGCUUCAAAACGAGGAUCAGUUUGAUCAGCUUUUCUCACAAAUAUGAUUUUUGUUGUGAAAGAAUUUAGGAAAAAUGACUUAAGAUGAAAUUGGAAGCAGUUUGUUUUUGUGUGCGCAUGAAUCAAAGCUUCAUGUUUAAUCUUCCGUUUGAGGCCUGAAAGAGCUGAACCUGUGAGGCUUCAUGACGUCUGUCUUCUGUUUGUGAAUGUCUCUGGAACUGUGGAUCUGGCUAAGGCACUGCUGUCAAAAGUUGCUGUAAAAGUAAUGCCUGUGACUUGCCACUGGGCGGCGCCACUGGGUCUCACUGCAACUGUAAAGAAAGGCUCUGUGGUUCUGGGAGGGGGGGGCGGGCUGGGCUUGGGUCCUGCAGAGACUUGAAUGGAGGCUGAUCAGUGUUCCAGGUCUUUCUGUUUCUGGGAGCUUUCAUUUUCAACUGAUUUUUAAUGACAGGAAAAUAAAGUGAUUUGCUGUUA